ACGUGCAUUCAACAUGGCGUCCGAUACGGAGCCGAUAUAUUGUUUAUGUCGCCAACCUUACGAUGAAACGCUUUUCAUGAUCGAAUGUGACGUAUGCAAGGACUGGUUUCACGGAAGCUGUGUUGGGGUACUGGAACAUCAAGCAUCUGACAUUGAAAUAUACCACUGUCCCAACUGUCAACUUUUGAAGGGACCUCUUGUGUUGAAGAGAAGGAAGAACUGGCACAGACAUGACUACUCGGAGGAAGAGACAGGAAAGGCAGUUCAGACAGGCACAGUUGUCUUCAUCAAGGAACUCAAGAACAGGAUGUUUCCAAGCGCUGAUGAGAUACCGAUCCUCCGUCUCCAUGGCAGUCAGUUGACAAAGGAUUACCUGGACAAGAAUGGCUUCGACACACCCAUACUGAUUGAGAAGAAAGAUGGCCUGUCAUUGACAGUGCCACCAUCCAACUUCACAAUACAAGAUGUAGAAAACCAUGUUGGUUCUAUGCGUGAAAUCGAUGUGAUAGAUGUUGCCCGACAGGAAGACUACAAGAUGCUGAUGAGGGAGUGGACAGAAUACUACAAUAGCCCUAACAGACAGAAGAUCUUCAAUGUCAUCAGCCUGGAGUUCUCAAAUACAAAAUUGUCUGAGUUUGUAGUCCCCCCUGCCAUAGUACGUGAAUUGAGCUGGGUGCAGAAUGUGUGGCCAGACCAGCUGCCUGAUGACAGCCCCUACAACCGUCCAGAAGUACAGAAAUACUGUCUCAUGGGAGUGCGGGACAGCUUCACAGACUUUCACAUAGACUUUGGUGGAACCUCAGUGUGGUACCACGUUCUCAGGGGAGAGAAAGUGUUCUACCUGAUCCGACCAACCAGUGCCAAUGUGUCAUUGUAUGAGAACUGGCUCUCGUCCAGCAACCAGAGUGAGACCUUCUUCGGUGACCAAGUGGACAGUUGCUACAAGUGUGUCAUCAAGACGGGGCAGACUUUCUUUGUCCCCACUGGCUGGAUUCACGCAGUCUUCACCCCCAUCGACUCCCUGGUGUUUGGAGGCAACUUCCUGCACAGCUACAAUGCUCCUCUACAGCUGCAAGUUUAUGAGAUUGAGCGACGGGUGAAAACACCAGAAAAAUACCUAUUCCCUUUUUAUGAAACAAUUUGCUGGUACGCAGCUAAACACUUCUUAGAUAUACUUAAAGAUUGUGUUGAAGAUCAGACGAUCCCGAGGAAAUACUUCUUGGAGGGAGCCAAAGCCCUUGCACAACAUCUCAAGUCCUGGACACAGAGGAAAGAUUUGAACAACACCUUCCUCUUUGUGAAGACAGCCAAGCACGAAGUACCAGAGUAUAUACAGUAUGGAAAGAUUCUGAAGGAUAUUGCCAAAGAAUUGAAACAGUUUGAAAACCAGAAGCCGAGUCCUAAGAAGCCUGAACGCAAGCGUCGGAAGAAGGACAUGCCAACCCCCAAACAGAUGGUGAACAUCAACCUGCUGCAUCAGCACACGCAGGAGAAGCUGAGGGAGGUGCAGGCCCAGCACAGCAAGAAUAUCUACAACUUUGAUGAAGAGGAUGAGCCAGCCCCACCCACCCUGAAGGUGAGGAUCCCCAAGGCAGGGGCCUACUUCGACAGCACACUGAAGGCAGCAGAGGGCAAGGAGACUGAUGGGAAGAAGGGAAAAACAAAAGGCAGCAAAAACAAAGAAAAAGAUAAGGAGAAAGGCAAGGAGAAACAAAAGGAGAAAGAAGAGGAGAAACAAAAGGACCAGGAGAAAGACGAAGAAAAACUUCUUUUACCAGUAGCUGGAGAUAUUAAGCCCUCCUCAUUGUUAGGGGAUAUUGGUCUGCUUACAAUGGAUAAGAGUGGGUCGUUAGAUGACAAGAAGGAACCCUUGACAGCAUUAAAGUUGAAAGUUUCUAAUGGAAAAAUAGUCAGUGAGAAGGGGGAUGCUCAAGGAGCUAGUACACCAGGGAAGUUCCAGCGACUGUCCGCCAGUAUUGCAGCAAGGAAUGAGAAGUCGGAGAAGAAGGCAAAGGUGGAGAAGAAGGUGAAACUGGAGGUGACGGAGAGGAAGGAGAACGACGGUGUGAUGGACAGUGAUGAAGACCAGUUGGUGGUGGAUGAAAACCCCAAACCCAAACGACAGCCUGGACUCUCAACCUCCACCACCAAACCAGGGUCACUGAAACUCAAACUGUCAAUUUUAGGCAAGACAUCAGCAGACUCUGAUGAGAAGCCAUCAGAAGAAGUGAAGCUAGAUAAGAAUGCCAGUCUGAAGUCUGUACUAGCCAAGGGCCUAAUACCCGAGACUGAGACAGAGGAACAGCAGGCGUUGAGGCUGAACUUGCCGACCAUACGAGGAGGACUGAAUGGCAGCAUAGCAGAUAUUCUGGAGGCUAGUGGGUACGGCACAGAGACAGAGUUCAAGGUUGAUGAUGAGAUAGGUGGGGCCCCCUCUCCCAGCAUGAGGGAUGCAAUCCAGGGCAUGCUGUCCAUGAGUCGGAUGGGAGGAGUAGACUCGCUGUUCCCGGGGCGGCAGGGGGCGGGAUCAGUCCGGCGGCAGCAGCAUGGACGGGGGUCAGUAGACAGCGAUGAGGAGGAGAAAAUGAUGUCUGAAUACUACAGGGAUGAUGAAUAUGUGUAUCCAACAUUAGAUUUAUCAGAUGAAGAAGAUAUCACAGCUCCUAACAGAUUGAAAAAACAAGAAAGAGAUGACACAUGGAAUCCUAAAGCACGGGUAAAUGUAGGCACACCAAAGAUUGAGCGGCCACAUCGGAUAGAUGUCAUGAAGAAAUCUGUAGAGUCAGGGUUAGCACAGACAGCAGCAAAGCUCUCGGAGUCCCCAGUUGUGCCACAGAAAAAGGUGAAGCAAAAGGCAAAACCCAAGGUUGAGAAGAGAGAGCCUAGUUGGAUUGUCCCACAAGCUGGUUCCUCAACAGAGCCGACAGGAAAUGCUUUCCGACCAGGUAUUAGACGGCCUUCAACUGAAACAGCAAACCCACCAGACAGUCCAACAAAAGCCAAAAAGCCCAAGAAAGGUCAAGCUACAGCAAAACAGCGACUGGGGAAAAUCUUAAAAAUCCACAAGAUGAUAUUCUAGCCUUGUGCUGCUAUAGUCGUGCCAGUACCUCAUAUUUGAUAUCCUGCCAGUGCUCAACUCUACAUCAUUUUCACCAUUUGUACAGAGAAAUAAGUUCAUAAUUACUGUAAAUAUGUACAGUGAGAACACAAGUCAACUUGGUGUUACUGUUAUGUGUCAAGAUCUGGUUAUAUAUUCUUUCCAUACUCAUGAUUCCUAUAGAAACGUAUGUAACUGUAUACUCCUCUGUCUGUGUGAAGUCUGGUCAUAGAUAGCAAGAGAGAAAACAGUGUCAUAUAUAGCAAGAGAGAAAACAGUCUGGCUUGGCCAGUUCGGAAUAAUUGGUGGUUUCUGGUAAAUUGUGUAAUUUUCCCAUAUCCUGAUACCUCUUACCACGAUGGACAUUAAGGAAUGCCAGCAACUGUUACCUGUGGUUGAAUGUUUCUAAAAGAGGUUUUUGUAUUCAGAGAUGAAAUAGUAAGAUAGGGACAUCAUAGAGUCACACAGUCAUAGUUGUUGCCAGAAACAACCGGUAGCACACUAAUGGCAAUAACCCAAGGUGCCAAGGCUUUAUUCGUAUCUAAUUUCUUCAGAUCAAAGUGAAGAUUAUUGUUGUCAUCUUGAACUAUGAUAUUAGGCUAGGAUGUAAGAUACAUAUGGGAUCUCAUGAUGAAAUAUUUUAAGUUUAAUUGGUAUAGAUGACAUAUAUUAUGUAUUUACAAAGGUAUAUCAUUUCAGAAACAAUUUAAACAAAUUCUGACCAAAAUUGUUCGUAAGAACUAUUUGAGCUCUGCGUGUUAUUAAAUUGACAAGUUUCAGAAUCAUCUAGUCAUUAUCAUUCCUGAUGAGAGUAUGAAAAUGAGUUUUGAAUAUUAUAAAGUUGCAAAGUGAGUGUUUAGGAGGCUUGAGGAUGUCCUUCCACCCAGGGGUUGUCAAGCAACAUAGGACAUCCACACGAUGGGGAAGAUUUAGUAUGGAAUGGAUUUGUUCACCUGACUUUCCUAAAUCCUUCACUGUCUCUGGGUUGUGUCCAGGUUAAUCAACACUCAUCUGACCACAUUUCAUCAAUUGUCAUUUUUUCGAAUAUUUAGGACAGUUAAAAUGCAAGUCAUCAUAAGUGUCAGUAGUUUUGUUUUUCUUGGAAACUAUGUAACUCUUCAACUCUACAUUUUUAUGAAUAUUUUCAUUAUUUUUUUAAGCAUUAUAAUAUAUUUCCUGUAGUUCAUUUCAUACAAGUGUGUGCUCUUGUAACUUUAUUUUUCCUUUUAGAAACUUAGCAUCAACUUUAUAUAAUACCUCUUGCCUUCCAAAGCCUUGCCAACGUUGGACUGAUUGCCUUUUAAUAACGAGGUACAAAGGUUGAAACUAAACAUUUUCAAAAUAUUUUAAUAUCUAAUAUUACAAUCAAGACGUCAAUAAGAGAGGCAAUAAUUAGUUUUGUACAAAUUUCCAGUGUUAAAGCUGUCAUGAACAUUGAAUCAGUUUCCAAUCAUAUCAGAAUUGACACAUAGGUGAGCAUGAAGAUAAAAGACCAGUGUUAGGAACUAAUUUAUUUAUUUUGGAAAUAAUAGACCUUCUCCCACCUAUAACAGGAUCCAAUUUACCAAGACUUGAUAGAGUACAGACGAGGAUAUACACUUAACCAUCCAUUGCUGGCCAGCAUGGUUCAUUCAUUGUACAUCACACAAGACUACCAGUCUUUGUAUGUGGCAGACAAGCUCUGCAUUGCAAUUCCCCCAUGCAAAUUUCAUAAGCAGCAAUAUUUUGUUAAUCAAAUACAGUAUUUACCCUGAAAGAUAUUAGUUCUUUCGCAGCUGUUGAUGAUCUCAUGUCCAUGUUCUCUGAUUGAUUUCAAAGAGUGGCGUUGUGGAGUUUCAAGAGAGUACUCUGUUACUGAGGAUGUGUUACAAUCUUUGAGUGGGGAUGCUCAUUAUGGCGGAGCCCACACUAAGAAUAGGAAAUAUAUAGAGAAGUUUAUGAUGUGCUCCUUGUAUACAUGCUUAUUUCUUUUAGCUUUAAUUCUGCAUUUGUUUCUUCCAUUAUUUGUACUGAGACAUUGAUUUUAUUCUUGUUCAGUUUGAAAUGUUGCUAGUUACAACUUUACAGGUUUUGUACAUAUUUGUGUUUUUCUACAGAUGUAAAUACUUAGGUGUAUACAAUUUUGUUUCUUGGUAAUGAAGAUUUGUUUUUUAAUUAUUUUCAUAAUUUUGAGUGAAGUCAGACACGAUAUGGAAAGAUGUGCUACUCCAGUGUGUAUUGUUUUCAUCAUUGACUGAUCAGUUUCUAACAAGUACAGCAAGGGCAUACAGUUCUCGAUCACUAGACAGUGCUUGUGACCCAGGGGGAUGACAUUACUUCAUCAUUUCACAUAGAUUCCCCAGCAGUGACAUUUAUUUAUUCAAUUACAUUGAUAUGAAGACUUUUCAAUGCAGUGUCAGAUAUAUUUUGAUUAUUGUUGAGAAUAUAUGGAUAAAGUUGCCAUGUGUGUUAUUAAUUAUGGAAUUAUGAACAUGUUUUUUUAACAAAACAAAUUUGAAAUUAACUUUGACAUGAAGUAAGAGAUUUCAUAUUUUCUAGUUGAUAAAGGAUUGCCAUUUACCUCAAUCUGCUUGUUUUAGUAAAGCAGUAGAACUCAACACUGUUAUGUAAGAAUGUUUAAGGUGAUUUAAAUUUACCUAUGUGUUGUGGAGAUGUUUUAUUCUCACUCCUUUGGCUGUACCUGUAUCUAACUGAGAUACUUAUCCAGUUAUGCUGGCUCCAUGGUUAUAUUUUACAUCAGAUAAUUUGCAAACCAAGAAACUGUAGACAGUGUUAUCAGAGGAACAGAUAGUGUGAGCACAAACAUGUACAUGCCCUGUCAGUGCAAUAUAUAGCCUAAGGUGGCAUAGAUAUACGUAAUGUAAGGUUGUACUGGUUCAAGAUGUUUCAUCAUACAAAUGUAUCCUACUUGUGCUGAUUAUGAAAAACCAUCUCUUCAACAAACACUAAUAUUUAAUGUUAGCAAACAUGGUAUGCACUUUACUGUUGUAUUCUUUUGUUAGAUGCGUCCCUGGCAUUUUGACAAUGGUACAAGUGGUAUGACGAUUGUAAUUCAUAGAUAAAAGUUCAGAUGUCUUACUGCUCGGAUCACUUUGUGGAAUAAGGACUGACAGCCUUACUGAUUCUAUUCCCUAGUAAUUUGCCAGAGUUCUCUGGUAAAGGAAAUGGUGCAGGUGCUUGUAACCCUGUUGGAACUCUUUGUUAGGUUGCUGUACAUUGCUGUAAACAUGUAUUUAUUAUUGGUUCAUCUCUGCUGAGCUGAUCUUUACUACUAAGCCUGUAGUUGCAGACUUGACGUACACUGUUACUCUGGUGUUGACUUCAAUGGAAAGGGUGGGCUGCACAGGUGCUUUCUCCUAGUGUCAGCCUGGACUAUUUCAGGGAGCGUGGCUAGUUGCCCUCAAUGAUGUGUAUAAUGGUGACUUGUUGACCCAUAUGUCACACACAUGUACAGGUUUACAGUGUAGUGUUACAAUUCGUAUUUACUCAACAGGUGGUUGUUACCAGGAGUCUUUAGUUUAGAAGAAAGAGUACCAACAACUGGUUUUUGAGAGACCACAUACAAUAACAAGUGAGAAUAUAUCCGCAACAUGGUUACUUGUUCUCACAGAACCUGUUGGGAGGGUUGUGAAGGGAGUAUUUUUAAGCUUUGUUACUAUUCCUAUCUUUCAAUCUUAAAGCUUUCUCAGUUUGUGCAUCAUGAUGUGUGAGCUUUCUGUCAGGUCAAAGACAAAACUAUAACAAUACCAUGCAAGUUCUAUUAUUAUACACCCGACCUAAAUGGGUGGGGGUAUAUAGUUAUACCAAGGAAUUCUGACUGUCCGUUCGUCUGUCCAUCCAUCCUUCUUAGGACAUUUUGUGUGUGCAUCCUUUAACUUGAAAACUACCAAAUAGAUUCUUUUCAAAUUUGGUAAACAAUUUCUUUACCUAUGGGAGAGAGUUGAUUUAGUAUUUGAAUUUUCUAAAGAAAAUAAAUACAGCAUUUUGUCAUUGUUUGGCAGGUUUUUUUUGUUGACCUAUAACUUGAACACGACUUCUUUGAUUCUUGUCAAAUUUAGAGAACAGUUUCCAUACUAAUCAAAGCGGUGCAGUGCAAAAUUUGAUUUUGAUAUGUGUAUUUUCUGAAAGAAUGUGAUGUUUUUCAUAUUGUGAAAUUUGAAAAAGAAUUUACGCCAACAUUUGUGCGACCGAUAACUUAAAAAGUACUUUAUGGAUUCUUUCCAAUUAGGGGUAUAGUUUCUGUACCAAGAGAAGAGGUGCAGUGUGAAGUUGUUUUCAAUAUUUGGAUUUUCUGAUAAAAUACAGCUAUAUUUCAUUAUUAUUUUUUAACUAAGAAUUUGUUUACUGAAACAUUUGUGCGACCUAUAACUAGAAAACUACUAAAUAUAUUCUUUACAAAUUUAGGGAACAGUUUCCAUUAUAAUAAAAGAGGUGCAGUACAAAGUCUUUUUUUUUUAUAUGUGUGUUUUCUGAAAAAAUGUGAUUUUAUUAAUGCUUUGACCUUAGAAAGGUGUCGGGGGUAUUAGUAAGCCCUGCUCGCCUUUAGUCUUGUUACACAUGGAAUAACAUGCUGAUUCCAUCAACUAUAAAACAUAUGAUGAUAGUAUUGUAAAAGCUCCAAGGAUUGCUGGAACCUAGAAGCUGUUGAACUGAAAUCUAGUCGGCAAACAGGUUACAGAAUAUUUGCUUGUUUGGAGACAAAGCUUUGUUUAAUUGUGUUAAGUGGUCCUAGUGUAAUAUGAAUGCUCAAGUUGUACAUGCACACAAGUAACAAAUGUAGUGGCUUCUCUUUCUCCAGGACAGUGGUGAAGGUUUCUGUGGUUGAGGGUGAGGGAAGGAUGGAACAGUGUUCCAGGGACAUAAUGACAUAAAGUGCCUGAGAAUCAUGACUGUGCUUUACGAGGCAGGUCAUUAAUCAAAUACCUUAACACAUGUGCACAGCAGUAUUGUAAAUCUGUGGUGUUAUUUAUUACUAUUCUGUUGUCAAUAGAAUUGGAAUCCCAUUUAUUGGUAGUGUAGUGUUCGUUUCUACAUGCUUCCCAGCCAGAAUGGUGUCUUUUCAGUCGCUAAUCGUGUCCAACCCCAUUGCAGAGAUCCACGCACUGUCAAAUAGAAAUGUUAUGUAUACAUGUAGAAAUCAUUGAUCAAAUGCAAGACCAUCCUAUGUGAUAGUGACCAAUUCAGACAACCCUGGCCUGUUACUGAAACUUUGAAAAGUGCCAAUAUAAAACUUCUCAAGGACUUUUUGUUGCAGGUGUAUUGUUUCCAGUUUUGAUACUUGGUUAUUACUACUUAUAGCUAAAAUGAAUAGUAUUAUGAUAAAAAUGCCUGCAUGUUAUUGGAAAUCUGUGGGCUACUGUAACCUGAUAGCAGCCCACAUGCCCCCAAUGACUCGCUUCUACCUGUGCUACUAUUAUGUGACGUAAUUGGUGCCACGUUUCUUGUCUGUGACAUCAUCAAAUAUUAUGUUCUAAGACGUUGCUAUAUGUAAAUCAAUUACCUCAGUUGCGAGGUUUUUAUACUGCCACUAAACUUAUGCUGCAGUUUGUUGUCUUACUGGUACUCCUUUUUGGAUCAGGUACAAAUUCUAUCCAUUUUAGCUAUAAUAACAGUAACAUCAGUCUGUUCAACUGCCCUCCUUCAUCGGGCAGUUAAUGGCAGACUUGGGGCUUCUCCAAAUGACAAUGCCCUAAAGGAUAAUGCUACCCUUAUAUUAUUUCUUCCCCGUAUCAAGUAUCAACUGGUGAUCAAAUUUUAUGAUUGCCAAACAGUAUCAUCUCAUUCAGAAUUUCAUGCCUUUGGAAGCAAUGUUUGUCCUCAGUCCUUAAUGUGUCGCAAACAUGGAACAGGCUUUGAGUAUUAGCAUAUACUGAAUCAGUCACCUAAAAUGAAAUAACAUUUCAGUAAUAACAUAAUAUUAACACUAUUGAUUUUUAAAAUGUAUGUUCUUUAAGGGAGACAACUGUGAUUGGACCAUUGCCACUCCUCAUAUACCUCUCAUGUUGACUUGUACAGACAUCACCCUUGCGGCAGCAUGUCAUCGCCAGUUGUACACUGUAUAUAGUUUUGUAAGGCACUGGGAUGGGUUGUUACAGAUUGUGCAUGUAUGUGCCAUUACAUUUAAAAGAUGGGGUAUUUUGUUAGAUUUCAUAUAUUUUCUGUAAAUAAAGCGCCACCUUGAAAUAA